AUGGUUUAUUCUUAUCCGAUGGGUAGAGACGCGACACUGAAGUCGGGUAUCAGAUCUGUUACUACGAACAACGCGUCUAUCCCCAGCAACUAUCAGACUGUAGUUGUAGAUAAUUCGGAGAAGAAAGGCUUUCGCUCAAAUUCGAAACGCUUCUCAUAUACAGAUAAUGACCUGCCAGGACCAGGAACAUAUGCUGUUCAUCCCGUAUUAGCCUCCGAUGGACCGUCAUUCUCUGUAAAAGGAUCGGCUGGAUUCCCCUCUAAGGCGAAGCGUCUACCUCGCGUGCAGAUGCCCUGCUCUCCGAGAGUUGGCAGCUACAACUUGACGGAUAAUCUGAAUACCAAGAAAGACUUUAAUCAGGCUGGGGCCACGAGUAGCUUUUGUCACCCGAUCGCUCUUCAGCCGGAUAAGCAUGCGAACAGCGACGGACCCGCGGCGAAUCAGUACAAUGUACAGGUUUACCUGGGAAAAACGAACAAUGUGGCUGCCGCUAAUGCAUUCAGAUCGACGACGAAACGAGAGCUGGUUGACACUAGGCAAGCACAAUCGUGUCCUGCGCCAUGGCAGUAUACUGUAUGUGACUCGAUGGUGACAGGAAAUGUCCGGGUUCCCUUCUCCAGUUUUAAAUCUAAAACUCAGAGAUUCACGGAAAAGCCAUCCGAAAAUCCUGGUUCCAAUCACUAUAAUCCGUACGAAUCCUGGGAGAUGGGCAAGCAGAAAUCACAUGAAACCAAGCGCGCUCUCGUAUGUCACGCGUUGUCAUCUACUGCUGUUCCAUUGAUCGUCACCUCCGUCGCACCUGGGCCUUGCACGUACAACAUCCCCAGUUACAUCGCAGGCAGCAAACAGAAUGUUCCCAGCGCGGCGUUUGCUUCAGGAACGCAGCGGUGGCAUCCCGCCAGAGGCAGCAACAUGCUACCUGGACCCGGCGCUUACAAUCCUGUGGCUAACAAGAGACGAUCAUUUCUGUAUAACUCGGCAGGGCGGUGGGUCAGUUAGUAUAUAUACAUCACGUCAACGCUAGAUACAUCUGAUACGAGCAUAUUUUUCAAGACUAUUACUACUGCAACGACUAUCCCCGUUCCGUCUUCAAGCUAUUUAACUGCGUAUAGUGAUCGUUAUCACUUCUUAUUCAUUUUGAUUUAUUCCCAUGUCAUCAACGUUGUCUACAAUCUUAGAAAUUCAAAGAAACGUUGAUAGCUGUGCAGUUUUACAUUCGACGUAUAUCGAGUAUGGGCAUUGUAAAUACGGAUUUAUCUUGAUGUCUGAUGUGUUGUAAUUUAUUCUUGCCUUAUUUUUGGCCAAUCAUUCAGUUAGAUAAUGUAACGUAGCUCACACUCAUUACUCAAACGUAGCACUCAAACGUAGUCAUUUCAGUGGGCGGAUAAAUAAAAAGGCAAAACUUUUUUACGAUUAACUUUUUUAAA